AACCAUCUGUGCCUUUUCUACAUGAAAACAACCAUCUUUUUUGCACCUGUUAUUCUAGAAGUCUCUAGUACCCUAAUUUUCUGCCUCUUUAAAAAGUAAACCCAUCACUAAAAAACCCUUCACUCCUUUCAUUUGGCUGACCUAUCUUGUAACUACUACCUUUUGUCCUCCAGACCUCUCCGCCACUGUCUUUCUCUCUCUAGAUUAUUCUGCUUCAAAUUAUCGCUCAAGAAAGUUCAAAAUGGAAGACGAUUUCGAUAUGCCAGCAGCUGAACAGAUGAUGAACGACGAGGAAAUGGACUUUGGAGAUGCUGCUUCAGUCAUGAAAGUUGGUGAAGAAAAGGAGAUCGGUAAAGAAGGAUUGAAAAAGAAGCUUCUUAAAGAAGGCGAAGGAUGGGAUACUCCUGACAAUGGCGAUGAAGUUGAAGUGCAUUACACGGGAACAUUGUUGGAUGGAACCAAGUUCGAUUCCAGUCGUGAUCGAGGAACUCCUUUCAAGUUUAGUCUUGGCCAAGGUCAAGUGAUCAAGGGAUGGGACAUUGGUAUUAAGACGAUGAAGAAGGGGGAAAAUGCUAUUUUGACUAUUCCUCCCGAGCUGGCCUACGGUGAAAGUGGUUCACCUCCUACUAUCCCACCCAAUGCAACUCUGCAAUUUGAUGUGGAGCUGCUAUCUUGGAUCAGUGUGAAGGAUAUUUGCAAGGAUGGUGGCAUCUUCAAGAAGAUCCUAAGAGAAGGAGAGAAGUGGGAAAAUCCUAAGGAUGCAGAUGAGGUGUUUGUGAGAUAUGAAGUUCACCUGGAAGAUGGAACAUUGGUUGCAAAAUCUGAUGGCGUGGAGUUCACUGUUAGUGAAGGUCAUUUCUGUCCUGCAUUGUCGACGGCUGUGAAGACUAUGAAGAAGGGAGAGAAGGUGCUUCUAUCUGUAAAACCACAAUAUGGGUUUGGAGAGCAGGGUAAGCCUACAUCUGGUAAUGAAGGUGCUGUUCCUCCCAAUGCUACUCUACAAAUUACUCUUGAGCUGGUAUCGUGGAAGACUGUUGCAAAUGUUACAGAUGACAAAAAGGUUGUCAAAAAGAUAUUAAAUGAAGGAGAAGGAUAUGACCGUCCUAACGAGGGAGCUGUUGUAAAAUUGAAAUUAAUUGGUAAGCUACAAGAUGGCACUGUGUUUAUUAGAAAGGGUCAUGAAGAUGGGGAUGAAUUAUUUGAAUUUAAGACAGAUGAAGAACAAGUUAUUGAGGGGCUUGAUCGAGCUGUAUUGACAAUGAAGAAAGGUGAGGUGGCUCUUUUGAUCAUUGCUCCAGAGUAUGCUUUUGGCUCACUGGAAACCAAGCAGGAUUUGGCUGUGGUUCCUCCCAGCUCUACAGUAUACUAUGAAGUAGAACUGGUUUCAUUUGAGAAGGAAAAGGAAUCAUGGGAUAUGAAUACUGAAGAGAAGAUUGAGGCAGCUGGGAAGAAAAAGGAAGAAGGAAAUGCAUUGUUUAAAGCUGGCAAUUAUGUAAGAGCAUCAAAGAGAUAUGAAAAGGCUGUCAAAUUUGUUGAGUAUGAUACAUCUUUCAGUGAUGAUGAGAAGAAGCAAUCCAAGGCUUUAAAGAUAACUUGCAAUUUGAAUAACGCAGCCUGUAAGCUGAAGUUGAAAGACUAUAAGCAAGCAGAGAAACUCUGCACUAAGGUCUUGGAAUUGGACAGUAUGAAUGUUAAAGCGCUCUACAGAAGAGCCCAGGCAUACGGAAACCUCGCGGAUCUUGAGUUGGCAGAGUUUGACAUCAAGAAGGCAUUGGAACUUGAUCCUGAUAACAGGGAUGUGAAACUAGAAUACAAAAGGUUGAAGGAAAAGAUGAAAGAAUACAAUAAGAGGGACGCUCAGUUUUAUGGAAAAAUGUUCUCCAAGCUAGGUUAACUAGUAAUGUAAGUGGGAAACUUGUUGCUUUGAUUUGCAAUCGUACUUGGUGAAGCCUUUGUUGUCGUCCUGAUCUAUUAAAACAUUGCUGGUUCUUCGGAAAAAGCUAAGCUGUAUUAAUGAACAACGGCAAGGCGAGGAAUGCAACACAAUUAUUAAUUAACUAUAUUUAAGUAACGAAUAGGAGGUCUUGUGGUUUUACAAUGAGUUUCUUUUUCAUCUUGAUUGUAGAACUCGUAGAGCUUUGAAUUCUGAAAGCUGAUAUUGUGGUUUUGUGUCGCAUUUGAAAUGGAUUGACGCUUUUACACUA